AGCCGGUUGUCGACACUAACGGCGUUCAUUCUAUACAUUCACUCACCAAGCGUUAUAUGUGUAUACGUGCACACACAACUUUAUAACUGGCGUGCAUAAUAAGAAAUCAAGUAUUAUUUUUUUUUAAACGAGUCAUGUCCACGUGCGAGGACGUCCGAGGAAUUGUACUCUCCGGUACACAAUUGGCAAAAGAAAUUCGUGCAUCCUUGGCGCAAGAUGUAACAAAUCUAAAAACAAAGCUACCAGACUUUACACCUGGUUUGGCUAUUGUCCAAGUCGGCGGUAGACAAGAUUCUAACGUUUAUAUACGAAUGAAAAUCAAAGCAGCUACCGACAUUGGCAUAAAUGUACAGCACGUUAAACUUCCGAACACCAUAACGGAAACUGAAUUGAUCAACGUAGUGAACAAAUUGAACAAUGAUCCUAACACUCACGGUAUCAUUGUUCAAAUGCCGCUCGACACCGUUAAUGAAAUUAAUUCUCAUUUAAUCACAAAUACAGUGUCUCCUUCUAAAGAUGUUGAUGGUCUCAACACGAUUAACGAAGGAAGAGUUACAAUCGGCGAUAUGUCAGGAUUUGUACCAUGCACACCCAAUGGCUGUAUCGAGCUCAUUAAAAAGAGCGGUGUACCAAUUGUCGGUGCUCAAGCCGUAGUUUUGGGUAGAAGUAAAAUUGUAGGUACACCAGCAGCUGAAUUAUUAAAAUGGCAUAAUGCGACAGUGACGAUAUGUCAUUCAAAAACGAAAAAUCUUCCAGAAAUAGUCUCUCAAGCCGAUAUCUUGAUCGUGGCUAUCGGUAAGCCUGAAUUCGUCAAAGGGAGUUGGAUAAAAUCAGGCGCUGUCGUAAUCGAUUGUGGCAUCAAUUCUAUUCCGGAUUCUGGAAAAAAAACCGGUGAGCGUUUAGUAGGCGACGUUGCUUACGAGGAAGCUUCAAAAGUAGCUUCAUACAUUACGCCGGUUCCUGGUGGUGUUGGUCCUAUGACGGUAGCCAUGCUGAUGAAAAAUACAGUAACGUCGGCCAAAAAAGCAGCUGAAAAUCUUCUUAAUGUCGAUUGGAAACUAAGGAUUUUGAAGAUUAAUCCAGAGAAACCAGUUCCAAGUGAUAUAGCUAUUUCUAGAAGUCAGACAUAUAAACCUAUUGUUAACUUGGCUGAAGAAAUCGGUCUGUUACCAAAUGAACUGAGUCCUUAUGGAGACAAUAAGGGUAAAAUAAGUUUAAGUGUCCUAAAGAGACUGAAGAAUCAGCAGAAUGGAAAAUUCGUGGUCGUCGCUGGUAUUACGCCAACACCUCUCGGUGAAGGUAAAAGUACGACGGCUCUUGGAUUAGUGCAAGCUCUCUCAGCGCAUAAAGGAACAAAUUCUUUUGUUACGUUAAGACAGCCUAGUCAAGGUCCUACUUUCGGAGUUAAAGGAGGAGCUGCUGGUGGUGGAUAUGCGCAAGUAAUUCCUAUGGAAGAAUUCAAUCUUCACUUAACCGGAGACAUUCACGCUAUAUCCGCGGCAAAUAAUCUUUUAGCAGCUCAGAUCGAUGCUCGAUACUUCCAUGAAUCCACUCAAAAUGACAAGGCUCUUUAUGACAGAUUGGUACCUACAAUUAAAGGUGUUCGAAAAUUCUCCAAAAUUCAAUUAAAACGUUUGCAAAAACUUGGGAUCACAAAAACCGAUCCAAAUUCCUUGACGGAAGAAGAACAACGCAAGUUCGCGCGAUUGGACAUCGAUCCACAUAAUAUUACAUGGACAAGAGUGGUUGAUAUAAAUGAUCGUUUCCUACGUAAAAUAACUAUUGGUCAAAGUUCGACCGAAAAGAAUAAGACAAGGGAGACUUCUUUCAAAAUUUCUGUUUCUUCUGAGAUAAUGGCGAUACUUGCUUUAGCUGCGAACGUCGAAGACUUGAAACAAAGAUUGGGCAAUAUAGUAGUUGGAUUCAGUAAGAGCGGCGAGCCUUUAACUGCCGAAGAUUUUGGCAUGACUGGUGCUAUGGCUAUUCUUCUGAAAGAUGCGAUUGAACCAACGCUAAUGCAAUCUUUGGAAGGUACACCUGUAAUGGUUCAUGCUGGUCCAUUCGCUAAUAUCGCACACGGUUGUUCCUCGAUAAUAGCAGAUACUAUUGCAUUAAAACUAGUGGGACCAAAUGGUAUUGUAGUGACAGAAGCUGGAUUUGGUUCUGAUAUAGGCAUGGAAAAGUUCUUUGACAUUAAGUGUAGAACAUCUGGACUCGUGCCGAAUGCUGUUGUUCUUGUUACAACCGUAAGAGCCUUGAAAAUGCAUGGUGGUGGUCCAGUAGUAACUCCAGGUGCAGCUCUAAAAAAAGAAUACAUUGAAGAAAAUGUCGAACUUGUUAGAAAAGGUCUUCCAAAUCUUCAAAAGCAUAUUAGCAAUGGUCUAAAAUUUGGAGUACCCGUUGUUGUAGCUAUAAAUUCAUACACUACCGAUACAGAAGCUGAACUACAACUUAUCAAAGAAGUAGCAUUGGACAGUGGUGCAGCAGAUACAGUGGUUUGCACUCACUGGGCUGAUGGUGGACGAGGUGCAACAGCUUUAGCAGAUGCAGUUAUUGCUGCAACAAAAAAACCAAGUAACUUCAAGCCAUUGUAUAAUCUAGAUCUUAGUAUUGAGGAGAAAAUAAGUGUCAUUGCUAAAGAAAUGUAUGGUGCUGGAGAAAUUAUUCUAGCAAACAAAGUAAAAGAAAAGAUUAAAGUAUAUAACACAUUAGGUUACGAUAAGUAUCCUAUAUGUAUGGCAAAAACAUCUAACUCCCUAACAGGAGAUCCAUCUAUCAAAGGUGCCCCAACAGGUUUUAAACUUGAUAUCAAUGACAUAUUUGUAGCCGUUGGUGCUAAAUUUGUCGUAGCAUCUGUUGGAGAGAUCAUGAUGAUGCCAGGUCUUUCUACUAGACCAAGUAUUUAUGAUAUGGAUUGGAAUAGUGAAACGAAUGAGAUAGAAGGAUUAUUUUAAAUAUAAAAUCAUUUUUCAUAUUAUAGUCAUAUAGCAAUAACUUUUUCUAUUU